AUGAAGCUCUUCUACUCUCCUGCAGGGUUUCUCGCCCUUGGAGUGUCUCUGCUGGUCACGUCGACCACCAGCAUAGCUGUUCCCCGCCAGAGCAGCAACAAACCAUGGUCGCUUCAAAACUUCAACUCUCUCAUCACCUUUGGCGACAGUUAUACAGAUGAAUCUCGCCUGGGAUGGUUCAUCAAUCACAAUGGCUCUGCCCCGCCUGUCGGCACUUUGCUCCCAGAGACAUUUAGCGCCCCCAGCGGCGGCAGAACUUGGCCCAGAUACGUCGUCCAGUACACUGGAGCGACAGUGCAGGGCCAGUGGACUCCUCAUAUGACGCUCUAUGACUACGCCGUCUCGGGCGCCGUGUGCUCCAACGACAUCACGCCAAGGUGGCUCCCUGCAAUCAAUGCGCCUUUCCCUUCGGUCUUGGAGUACGAGAUCCCGGCCUUCAUCGCCGACAUCCCAGCGACGCGAGUCAACUCCACGCCCGCCGUGCAGCUCUUUUCGCCCAACUUGACAGCUCAGGACGCCGUUUACGCGCUGUGGAUCGGCACCAACGACCUCGGCGUGUGGGCGUUCCUCACCGACUCGCAAGUCCCCGGCAAGGUGCUCUCGGACUACACAUCGUGCAUCUACAGCGUGUUCGACAAGCUCUACGCCAGCGGCGCCCGGCACUUUGUGCUCAUGAACACGGCGCCCCUCGACCUGGCGCCCUUGUACGCCAACGACACGCUCCACGGCGUCGGCGCCAACCAGUACUGGGCGAACAAGCCGGCCAACCACACCGAGAUCGCGUACACGAUGCGGCAGUUCACCACGACGGUCAACAACGUCUUCAAGUACCAGACCCCCUACGAGCUCCUGGUGGCGAAGCGCUACCCGGGUGCCCAUUUCGCCCUCUUCGACACCCACGCGCUCAUCACGGACAUCUACAACUCCCCGACCCAGUAUCUGAACGGGACCGGUGUGGCCAAGGGCAGCGAGAGCGUCUGGGGCUACGAGAACCACUGUACCGUGGACCAGAAGACGUGUGUGCAAAGGCAGAAUGGCACGAAUCCGGACGGAUAUCUGUGGUUUGACGAGCUGCAUCCCAGGUGA